GCGAUAGCUCCAUAACAACAGUGCGUAUAUCAUGGCGGCUCCCUUUGACUUCAGCAGCAUGAGCUCGUAACUACCAGCUGCAACUCUUUAUCUUCAAAACGAAAUAGCGUAGAUAAAUAAUUUGGAGCCUAUACACAAACCACGAACGUAGAGAAGCUACCAAGGACCGAAGCUGGCAUUACAGUGUGCGACGCAGACCAUAAAGUGUCCAGUGAGUGCUGUGAUGUCCCCGCCCUCCCACAGAGUCAAACAGCUACACUGCCGGAGGAAACACUACCCGAGUAGCACCUACCUCACCCACGUCUGACGGCUGCAGCAGCGAACCCUGAAGGAACAAGGAAUAACGAGGGGUUUCAAAUAGGAAAAAGUUCCAGGACAAUACAUAUGUCUGGUCCAGUCGAGAGCGGUGAAAGUGGAGGGGUAGGCAGUGAAGGGCAGGAUGCGGAGGUAGACGGCGAGCCCCCUCAAUCGCUGCAUCGUCCUGCCCAGGAGGAGAGCUGGGUGCUGGGAGAGCCAGUGGAGGAGGAGGCCCCCCGUGCAGCCAAACAGCCCAGGCUGGGUGCAGAGAGCCUGGGGCUAGAGCUCAGUCUGAACCUCCCUGGGUCCUAUGAUCCACCAGCCCCGGUAACAGUGGGCAGGCUUGAUACACAGGAGGGCUUGGCUCAGUCACUGCAAGAUGAUGCACCAGUCCCGCAAGGAGAUCUGGGAGUUGGAGUCAUUGGGGCGGAGGUCGAGGAGGUAGCUGUAGAAGGAGAGGUCAAGCAGAAUGGAGAUGGAGCAUUUGAAGAUGGAGAGGAGGACAAGGAGCAGCAGCAGGAGGAGCAGGAGAGUACUGGUUCAGCCGACAGCCCAAGUGAAGGACAGCACCUGGGACUAGAUUUCAGCCAGAACCCCCAGAUGUUGACUGGUUCUUGGGCCGAGUAUUCCAACCUCCCAGAGAAUUACCUCAGAGGCUGCAAAUGGGCCCCAGACGGCUCCUGCAUCCUCACCAACAGUGCAGACAACGUGUUGCGUGUGUACAACCUGCCCCCAGAGCUCUACAGCUACAACUGGGACCUGCUCACUGAGAUGAGCCCAGUGCUGAGGAUGGCAGAAGGAGACACCAUCUAUGACUACUGCUGGUACCCCAAGAUGAGCUCUCUGGACCCAGACUCCUGUUUCAUCGCGAGCAGUAGCCGUGACAACCCUGUCCACAUCUGGGAUGCGUUCUCCGGCGAGGUGCGGGUCAGCUUCCGCCCCUACAACCACCUGGACGAGCUGACGGCUGCCCACUCCCUCUGCUUCUCCCCGGACGGCGCCCAGCUGUACUGCGGCUUCGACAAGGCAGUCCGCGUGUUCUACACCGAGCGGCCCGGCCGCAGCUGCGAGGAGAGGCCCACCACAGUGAAGAAGCAGGGCCAGACUGGCAUCAUCUCCUGCAUGGCGUUCAGCCCGUGCCAGUCCGUCUACGCCUGCGGCUCCUACUCCCGCACAGCCGGCCUCUACGACUGCCAGGACGGCUCCUCGCUCGCCCUGAUGCCCACGCGGCACAGCGGCGGCCUCACCCACCUGCUGUUCUCCCCGGACGGACGGCACCUCUACACAGGGGGGCGCAAGGACCCAGAGAUCCUGUGCUGGGACCUGAGGGACCCUGGCAAGGUCCUGUUCUCUCUGAAGAGGAACGUGGACACCAACCAGCGCAUCUACUUUGACCUGGACCCGUCUGGCAGGUACCUGCUCAGUGGAGACACGGAGGGGGUGGUGUCAGUGUGGGACACCCUCACAGCGCCCCCUGAUGGCAGCGAGGAGCUCAUGCAGCCCCAGCUGCAGUUCCAGGCUCACAGAGACUGCACCAACGGCAUCAGUAUCCACCCCUUCAUGCCUCUGCUGGUGUCGUCCAGCGGGCAGCGGCAGUUCCUCUGGCCGGGCGACAGUGAGGGCGACUCGGCCUCCGACUCCGAGGGCGACGCCAUGGUGACGUCGCCGCAGGUCCGCCAGGACAACGCCCUGACCCUGUGGUGGGCCGGCCCACUGUGCCCUGCAGGGGAGGGGGGGCAGGAGCAGACCGCAAUUGUGGUGGAGGACUAGCCCGACUGUUCAGCUGCCCCCUCCUCCCCCCUCUCUCUCUUUUGGACUAAACCAAACUUAAACUGCCAUUUAGUUUGAACAACAAUAUUGUCAAAGAUGUCACUUGGUUUUCCAGAGUGUUCUUUGUAUCCAAACGCUGAUGUGUUUAGUCAGCGCCCCACCCCACCCCCCAGUUCCUUGUUUUGUCUCUCAAUACCAGGCGCAAACCAUGCUAACAUGCUAAAAGGCUAAUGUCGAGGCUCAACAUUAUCUACCGAUCACCCCCGACAACCACUCAGGGCCAAAGCCAGACUGUAGUCACACAGCACCGUGUGGAUGUACAUGUAUCUUCCAGUGAUACUUCUCCUAGGGGAGCGUUUACCUGUCUACGUUGAAGCUCAGACCUGCCUCAAAUGCUUUGAUCCAACGCUUGAAUUUGGGGUGUGUUUGAUUCAUCUCUCACUUGGCACUCCUGUGUCUGUUCUAUUGCUGUAAAUGCACAGGGAAAACUAAAUCAAGCACACCCCAAGUACCGUACAGGUAUUUUCAAAUGAUAUUUGAUGCAGGUUUGGUCUGUAGUGCGGCCGGAGGAAGUGGCCCUUCUGCUCUAGUUAAGUGCCAUUCAUAAGUGAGCUUUGAUUUCAUAAGUGAGCUUUGAUUUGUAACCAGACAUUAGGUAUCCUUCUGGUGGUCUUUUUUAAUUGUCGUGUGUGCCAAGGUGUCGCUGUACAUGCGCCAGUAAAUGUAUAUUUUUGUAAAGCCAUGAUGUUUUUGAAUGUACUUAUAAAAUGUAAGCAGCUAGCUUUACUGCUGUGACCCCCACCAUCAACACUGCAGAAGUCUUCUUUUUUUAAAGAAAUGUGAGCUAGUUGUUCUACAGUAGAUAUUGUGCGAGUUUGCGUGUGCUUGUGUUGAAGUGCUUCUUGUAUGGAGAGAUUUGGGGUGAGAUCAAGUCCAUUACAUACCAUGGUCUAAUGCUUUUUCUGCUGCACAUUAAAACUAUUCAAACUCAAA